AUGGCCAGGCCUUGCAACAACUGCGGCGGUCCGCGCGCCGAAGACGUUCCUGACGACAUCGAGUUUUGCGAAAAGUGUACCACGAGCAAUGCACCAGUCGCGUCGUUUGAUCCCCACGCUGGGUCACCAACUGAAUCUAAUACCCUGGUGCCAGCCGCUCAGUCUGGUAGUUCCGAGAGAGGUGAUAGUCAUUCCGGACAAGAGAAGGAAGCUGCUGAUCCCGAUGAACCCAUUCUCGUUCCUGAUCCUGGGAUGGUCCCGGUGGGCUGUAGUCCAUCCCAGAUUGAAACGGCUACCGGCGCCGCUGAGCCGAUGCCGACAGCUCAGUCAGACAAGGCUUUGAGGGGUGGCAAUCGUCUUAAGCGCAAAGCGUCGGCUUUAGGUGUCGGAGAACCAAUUCUAGCUGCUGAGCCCGAUAAUCGUGUGGAGGGUACUGGUCACAAGGGUACUUCAAAUGUUGAACAGAGGCAAGAUCCUUCUUCGCAUGAGCAAAAGGUCAGCGCACCGGCACCGAAUCCGGCUAAGAAGGUUAAGAUGGAGCCGGCAUGUGGUUCCUGUAGAAAAUCCAAGGUUCGAUGUACGCACCGCAAGCCCGUCGUGAACCCAAGAGAAGAUGCCUUUCAGCCAGAAGCACAGAGACCUAUUCAGCCUAAGGAAAGUGACCAACCUGCACAACUCGAUCCUACACAGGACGAUCCGGAAGAGGCGGCAUCCUCAAAAAGAGAAGGCAUUAGCCCCAAGAGCCAAGCAGCAGAUACACCAAUUGGUAAAAUCCCUCCAAAGCCGAGGGGUAGACCUCGAAAGCAUCCUAAGGAGGUCCAAGCCAUAGUUAAUGAGGGAAAAGCUGUAGAGGAACCGGAAUCCCCACCUCAGCGACCCAGACGUGGGCGUAAGCCUGCCCAGCGCAUCGGAACCAGUGCUGAAGGUAAGAGUGGUCAGGCCACUGCCCCCGAGCCAGCAGCUGCAGCAGUUCCGGCUGAAACAAUGGCAGCAAAUCUCUCGAUCGCGUCGAACAUGGCUCUAAACAAUAUCCUGGCAGAAGAUUUCCAGGAGACUGUGCGUGAAUGUGAAGUGAAGUGGCAGGCGGUGUCGGACUCUUUUGAAGAAGCUAUGGACUCCUUCCAUGAAGCCAAACGGAAAAUAGAUACUUGGCUUGGGAUGUGGAGGAGGGGGGAAGUCUAG